AUGGGUAAUUGCACUUCUUCAAACAAAAAAUCAAAAGAUAUGGGUAUUAGUUCACAAUCACUAAACCCAAAAAGAAAAUUGAAUUUCUUUCAUGAUAACGAUCAUAAAAACACAAAAACAACUAAAACUUUUAAACGACCAAAGAAAAUUCAUAAAGCUAUUAUCAGCCUUCCAUCAAACUUUCAGCAUACUGGACACAUCGGAAUUGCCGAAAUGCGUAGUGGAAAAGUUGAUCCUGAAAGAGUUAAAACUCAAAUGGCAGAAGUUGCUGCUGCUUUACUUACCAUCACAUCAUCAAUUUCAUCACAAAAUAAACCGGUAGUGAAUCCAAUGGAUGAAGUAAUGGCUGCUUUGAAAAUGCCUGCUGAUGGAAAUUUAAAUGAUUUUAUUAUAAAUAAUUCCAAUGAUUUAAAGGUCGCUUGA